AGUGAUGACCAAAUCCCCAAUUGCCCAAUUACCAUAGAGAUGCACCAACGCAUUCGUCACAUUCUUCACAUCCUCCCAGAAAACUAAAAGGCUUCGGAACCUCUCUCCAUCUCCCUCUCUCUUUCUUCCUCUCUGUCUCUCUCUUGUAUUCAAUUUCAGCGGCAGAGAGAAAGAAGAGAAACUAAAAAGAAAAAACCAAAAAAAAAGAAAAAACACUCACAGAGAGAAAGGAAAGAUGUCGGAGAUGGGCGCAGAUCAGGAGGGCAUCGAUGGAGUUCGGAUGACCUGGAACGUCUGGCCCAGGACCAAGGUGGAGGCCAGCAAGUGCGUGAUCCCAAUCGCUGCUUCGGUUUCUCCGAUCCGAUCACAUCCUGACAUCCCCACGCUCCCCUACGCGCCGCUUCGUUGCAAGACCUGCAUAUCCCUUCUCAACCCCUUCUGCCGCGUAGACUUCGCCGCCAAGAUCUGGAUCUGCCCAUUUUGCUUCCAGCGCAACCACUUCCCACACCACUACUCCAUGAUCUCCGAAUCCAACCUCCCCGGCGAGCUCUACCCGCAAUACACGACCGUUGAGUACUCUCUUUCUAACCCUGGGGCGGUUCCCGAUGUCGCCGCGCCUCAGUCCAUUCCGCCGGUGUUUCUUUUUGUGCUUGAUACGUGUAUGAUUGAGGAGGAGUUGGGGUUUGUGAAAUCGGCGCUUAAGAGGGCGAUCGGAUUGCUGCCGGAGAAUGCGCUGGUGGGGUUUGUGUCGUUUGGAACGCAGGUGCAGGUUCACGAGUUGGGGUUUUCGGAGAUCUCGAAAGUGUACGUGUUUCGUGGCUCCAAGGAGAUUUCCAAGGACCAGGUUUUGGAGCAAUUGGGGCUCGGCGGCGCCGGGCGGAGGGCGGUCGGUGGGUACCCGAAGGGGGUGCAGAAUGGGUAUGCGAGUUCGGGGGUUACGCGGUUUUUACUGCCGGCGUCGGACUGCGAGUAUACUCUUAAUUCGUUGUUGGAUGAAUUGCAAACGGAUCAGUGGGCGGUGCAACCAGGCCAUAGGGCGUUGCGGUGCACCGGAGUGGCGCUGAGUGUUGCGGCAGGUUUGCUUGGCGCUUGUUUGCCUGGCACUGGUGCAAGGAUUAUAGCUUUAGUUGGGGGUCCUUGCACAGAAGGCCCGGGAACGAUUGUAUCAAAAGAUUUAUCAGAUCCGGUACGUUCUCAUAAAGAUCUUGAUAAGGAUGCAGCACCAUAUUUUAAGAAAGCAGUCCAAUUUUAUGAAAAUAUUGCAAAGCAAAUGGUUAGCCAAGGUCACGUCUUGGACCUUUUUGCUUCUGCUCUUGAUCAGGUUGGGGUUGCAGAGAUGAAAGUUGUGGUUGAAAGAACAGGUGGUCUUGUUGUUCUGGCUGAAAGUUUUGGUCAUUCCGUAUUUAAAGACUCUUUCAAGCGCAUUUUUGAAGAAGGGGAACAGUCUCUUGGCCUCUCUUUUAAGUGAGUUACUCAUUAUGAUGUAGU